AUACCCUCCGUCUCAUGAAUCCUCUCGCGAACCUUAUGAUACCGCUCAACAGCAUAUCCUCGUCGUUAUUUUCGUGUUUGACUUUUAAUGCUUUACAUACAAAACGUAUUAAGAAAGGUAUCACCGUUUGUAUUUCUCUCGCUAUUUCUUGAAACGCAAGCCUGUAAACGAGAGCUUUAGAGGACGCACGCUGAACCAGCCAAUGGGUGGACGGUUUGUUACGGUGUCCGACAUUUCUGAAGGAUGGGAAGGUGGGGCCUUACAGACAUACAUCCACGGUUCAGGAAAUUAUUAUUCCUCCGUUUAUUUUCCACAUUACGUGUGUCUCCUGGAGGGAACAGUGCGUUGUAAACACGGCUCGUAUCUCUAAGGAGUGUUUCAUGGUCGCCCAACUGACUUGCAAAUGAAGAAAAAGUCUUGUAAUCUGCUGCGUCCCAAACGCAAACGCAGUGCCAGCAAUGAAUGUGCUGCAGAGCCGGGUGCUGUGCUGCGCUCCAACGUCCAACCAAACUCUGAAACUGUCCCAGAGUCAACCUCACAAAUCAGGCACUUGACUAUGGCACAGCAUAGUCACAACCUCCUCAAGUUCUUGAACGAGGACCGGACCCGACAAAGAUUCUGUGAUGUGUCUGUGUCUGUGGGUGGGAAGCUCUAUAGCGCCCACAAGGUGGUGUUGGCCCAUGGGAGCAGCUACUUCCACGCUGAGCUUUCCAAGAACCCUGCUACAGCGCUCGUGACUCUGGACCACGUGGAGGACUCUGUUUUCCAGCACCUGCUUGGCUUUUUGUACACCUCUGAGUGCGUUGUCACAGAGACGGACCUCCUGAAUCUAACUGAAGCGGCCCGAUUCCUAGACAUGAUGGAUAUACUGAAGCUGCUGUGUGAAGAAGGGGACAACAACCCCGUACGUGUGAGCCAGGUUCAGGAUGAGAUCAGAGGGUCUCCUGAGGUGGAAAUGACCUCCAGUGACUUGCCAGCAGGUGAUACAGACAUCCUGAGCCCAUGUCAUGUUCAAUGCACUGACAACUUCCUGCAGAACCACUUGGUGGAGAGUCCCACUGAUGCACAGCAGGAGAGCUCAACUGAGAAGGAGAAGACGCCAGCUCAGAGGACGGCUUCCAUGCGCAGAUCGGCUCGCAGGAGGAGAACACCCAGCAAGUAUCAGAGAGACAAUGUGGAGUACACCAUCAACACUCCUGAGGAAAGGCAAAGGUCUGUAUCACAGAGAAAGCAAGGUGAAGAAAGAAUGGAAGAAGCAGGAAAGCUGGUUGUGGAAAACCAUGCGCCCAAACUGGACGUGAAGGAGACAUCCAAACAAGCUCAGGGGGGGGACAUCGUGGACGAGGAGGAAGGGGAGGAAGAGGAAGGAGACAUGAAUGAGGACGUGGUUGCCCAGAGGAAAGUUGUUGAGGUUUGCGCAGCAGACAAUAGCGCAGGUCAGCAGGCUCUAGAUGUAGAAAGAGCAGAGCAGCAGGCUGAUGGAGAGGUGGAAGUGCAUGUACCAGCAGCAGCAGGAAGCUCUACCCAGAGUCCAGUGUAUCCUGAGGGUCUGACUCCAGUCAUCAUCCAAACCUCCAGCAAGAAGAUUCUCAAGUGCCCCAAAUGUGACAAGACCUUUGACCGCGCAGGGAAGUAUGAGAGUCACACCAGAGUGCACACAGGAGAGAAACCAUUCCAGUGUGACAUCUGUCUUCAGCGCUACUCCACCAAGUCUAACCUGACCGUACACAAGAAGAAGCACGCCAGCGACGCUCCCUUCCAGAAGAAGGAGCACAAAUGCCCCUUCUGUAACAAACUCCAUGCCAGCAAGAAAACGCUCGCCAAGCAUGUCAGGAGGUUUCAUCCAGAACACAUCCAAGAGUUUCUUACCAAGAAGAAGAGGAAGAAUGAAGGCUGGAAAUGUGCCAUUUGUCUGAAGACCUUCACUCGAAGGCCUCAUCUGCAGGAGCACAUGAUCCUGCACACCCAGGAACGGCCCUUUAAAUGCUCCUUCUGUGACGAGUACUUCAAGUCAAGGUUUGCCAGGCUGAAGCACCAAGAAAAGUACCACUUAGGUCCUUUUCCCUGUGAGAUUUGUGGCCGGCAAUUUAAUGACACAGGCAACAGAAAGAGGCACAUUGAGUGCACACAUGGAGGCAAAAGAAAGUGGACCUGCUUUGUGUGUGGGAAAUCUGUAAGGGAAAGGACAACCUUGAGAGAGCACUUGAGGAUCCACAGUGGGGAGAAGCCUCACCUCUGUAGUAUCUGUGGUCAAAGUUUCCGUCAUAGCAGCUCCUACAGGCUCCAUCUCAGAGUCCACCAUGACGACAAGCGCUACGAGUGUGACGAAUGUGGGAAAACCUUCAUACGCCACGACCACCUGACCAAACAUCAGAAAAUACACUCCGGUGAGAAAGCACACCAAUGUGAAGAAUGUGGCAAGUGCUUCAGGCGCCACGAUCAUCUGACGGUCCACUACAAGAGCAUUCAUCUGGGAGAGAAAGUUUGGCAGAAGUAUAAAACCGCUGUGCAUCAGUGUGAGGUCUGCAAGAAAGAAUUUAAAGGAAAGUCCAGUCUAGAAAUGCACUUCAGGACCCACUCAGGAGAGAAACCCCACAGAUGUCCCGAGUGCAACCAGACAUUUCGGAUAAAGAAGACCUUGACAAAGCACAUGGUGAUUCACUCAGACGCUCGUCCUUUUAACUGCCCCCACUGCAGCGCUACCUUUAAAAGAAAAGACAAGCUCAAGUACCAUGUGGACCACGUGCACAGCACUCGGUUUACUCCGCAGCCCCUCGGCACGGACAAAAUAGUCUCCAUUCCUUUCGAGGAGGCCUCUAAGGUAUACCGCGCUGAACCCAAGUCAGUCCUCCAGAGCUCGCCUCCCCCUGCAAACGUCUGCAUGCCCGUCACGUUAGUUCCUGUCCAGAUGGCAGGAGAAGCCCCUCACAGAGCCUCGUCUCUCUCCUCCCAAACUCACAGUGUUGUGAGCAUGCAGGCUCAAGGGCAGCAGCAGAACUCGAGCUACCAGGCCGCUACAGACCUGGCAUUCUUAGAAAAGUACACCCUCACUCCCCAGCCCGCCAACAUUAUCCACCCUGUGAGACCCGAUCAGAUGCUGGACCCCCGAGAGCAGUCCUACCUAGGCACGCUGCUGGGACUGGAUUCUGCCUCGUCUGUGCAGAACAUCUCAAACUCUGAUCACACACACUGACGCUCCUCAACCAAAAACUGGGCUUUUAGCAAACAGUCCAACAAACUUAAUGUAAAAAGAACAGAAGCUAGUAUUCACCACUAAAAUAUAUUCACACUUCAAUACAGACAGGCAAAUAUUUAGUGCAAAAAGUAUUCUGGUGCAGCACAGGAUCACCGCUUUGUCGUUCAGCCUGAUCUCAGGAAAUUCCCUCCCAGUUGUUUAGAAAAAGAAGAAAAUUGUGGAUUCAAACAGGUUAGUUUCUGUUGUUACUGAAGUACAAUGAUGACAAGUAUCACCAUAACUACAAAACUGGAACAGGAAGGCGUGGAAAUGUUUUUGUACCGGUUGCUAUGAGAUGAAAACACACAUUUUAAAAGUUACAAAUACCAAAGCUGCCCCUUUUUUAAUCUGUAUGAAAUUCUGUUUUCCAAAAGCCGGAUGAUGUCUGGUUCUUACUGAUGGUUGGAGCUUUUGGUGGCAAAGAAUAACUGGUCUUUUAAGUUUUUGCCAUUUCUUAUUGUAUUUUUAUAAGAGACAAAGCUAUUUGUCAUUUAUUCAAUAUUAUUUUUAUUUUCAUUUGCCUGGUUCUAGCUUCUCCAUUUUGCAGUAACUUGUGACAAACAGCCAAAAAUAAUUACACUAAACAAUUAAUUGGCUUUCCAAAUAAAUAGAUAUACAUUGGUAAUAAAAAUAAUCACUAGUGGCAGUUUUGUAAAGCUGAGUAAACUUAAACUGUGGCCUUAACAUAUAUUGUACACGUACAUGUCAUUGUGUUACGCAAGGUUAACGUCAAAGAAAGUUAUGUUUUUACUCAUGCGGCGUACAUAUGAGCACAAAGACUAGAGGUCAAUGUGCUUAUGUAUGUGUGAAAAAAACGUAUUUUAAAUACAACCGUCAAAUCAUGUAACAUGUGAUUUUAAAAAAAACUAACUGAAUUAACAUUUUGUUAAGUGGAAAAUACUCUUCUAAGUGGAAAAAGAAACAAAUCUGUAAAGUGGAAUAGGAAAUGACGUCACGUAAAGUAAUUGGUGGAUUUCAGUUCAAACCGUCAUCCUCACAUUCUGAAACUGCAGAUGCUCUACUCAAACUUUGUGUCGUUAUCAAUAAAAUCAGAUUUGAAAAUA